AUACUUGAUGGAAUUAGUCUGUAGCUUUAGUUGUACUGUUUCACUCAUCAAGGAUGAUCUGAUGAAAUUUCCAUAACAUAAAUUCCAAACAUCAGUGUAUAGGUUAACUAUCUUCAUGAUCUAUAGGAGAUGUGGUAUAUUAGAUGGUGAUGUUGAUGAAGAGAAGAUCUCCGCUGACACUGUCUUACUUGUAUAUAGAAGUUUAUUACAAAGAAGUCCAGCAUCAAAACAAGCACUGCAGUAUCCUGUGAGAGGAUCCGAGCCAAUAUGGAUCUCUCUACCUACCAGCUCUAAACACCAGUAUAUAUAUGUUAGCUGUUUUCAUGAUCCAUAGGAAACAUCUGGACCUCAUUCAAUGACCUCAAACAGAGGGAAGGAAGGGAGAGAAAACCCUCACCUUUAACCCCUACUAGUUUAGGUUUCACAUUCUUGACCCUUAUCCUAAACAUGAACGCCAAAGGUUAACAUACAUAGAAUUUCAAACAUUCUUAAGAGUAGAAACAUAUGUAGACCUUCAGACACUACAGAGACAGUCCUCACUCAAUGACCUCUUACUCCAAGAAACAGAGAGGAAGGAGGGAGCCUCCUCUCCCUGACACCUACAGAUUUAUGUCCAGGGCUAACAGAAACCAUGUGAGAACAGAAACCAUAUAUGGGCCUUCAGAGGAGAGGAAGCCUCCCUCCCUGCCUCCUCUCUGUUUAUCUUGGAAUAAGGGGUCAUUGAGUGAGGUCCGGAUGUCUCGCUACUGCACUGCUUGAUUUGAUGCUGGACUCCUCUGUGGUAAACUUCUUUACACAAGCAGGAGGCGAGAUCAAGAACAAUGAGUGGUGACGGCACACGGGACGUGGACCAGGACCACAAGAAGUCCGGGAUGGAGGAGGAGGAGGACCAGAACACGGACCACCGGAGCAACGAACCCGCCGGGAACUCUGCGCUGCCGAGGCAGAGACCCAAGAAGAAACAUCGGAGAGUUCACACUAAAGAGAAGCGAUACAGCUGUGAGCAGUGUGGGAAGGCUUUUACAACCUCAGGUAAUUUAAAGGUCCACCAAUACGUCCACUCUGGAGAGAAACCAUACAGCUGUGAGCAGUGUGGGAAGGCUUUUACAACCUCAGACAAUUUAAAAAUCCACCAACGCGUUCACACUGGAGAGAAACCAUACCGCUGUGAGCAGUGUGGGAAAGCCUUUGCGAGGACAUGUAGUUUGAAAAUCCACGAACGCAUUCACACUGGAGAGAAACCGUACAGCUGUGAGGAGUGUGGGAAGACUUUUACAACCUCAGGUAAUUUAAAGAUCCACCAAUAUGUCCACACUGGGGAUGGAGAGAAACCGUUCAGCUGUGAGCAGUGCGGAAAGACUUUUACAACUUCUUCAAAUUUAAUACGCCACCAACACAGUCACGCUGGAGAGAAACCGUUCAGUUGUGAGCAGUGUGGGAAGAAGUUUGCAAGACUGUGUCACCUACAAAGACAUCAGCGUAUUCAUACAGGAGAGAAACCGUUCAGCUGUGACCAGUGUGGGAAAUCUUUUGCUAGAUUAGGUCAUUUAAAAGUCCAUAAACUCGUUCACACGGGAGAAAAGCCAUACAGGUGUGAUCAGUGUGGAGCAGCAUUUAGAACAGCACCCUACCUAAAACUCCACAAACGCUCCCACGCUGUGGAAAAACCCUACAGCUUGUGACCAAUGUGGGAAAGGGUUUUCACUGCUUUGUAGUUUAACAUAUCACAAACGCACUCACACCGGACAGAAACCGUAUGGCUGUGGGCAAUGUGGAGCUUUUUUCUCUCAGUUAGGGAGUCUGAGAAUCCACCAGCGUGUUCACACUA